GUCUCUCAUUGGUCCGGGGGCUUGGAAAAAAGACUCGGCGAGCCCUCGCUGUGGUGCUGCCGCCGCCGCCGCUGGAGUUGACUCUUCUCGCACUGCUGCUGCAGUACAAACGUGACUUCCAACAUUUUUAAAUUUAUCUUUCCCUUUUCUUUUCCAAGAUGUAACUACGGAUCAGACACUAAGGACCUUCACGUUUCGCUGAUGUAGUUUUUGGAGGAAAAAGGGGGGGAGCGAAGGGCGUCGGUUUUUUUUUUGUGUGUGUGUGUGUAUGUGUUUCGGGGGAAAUUUUCCAUUAUGAGUGUUUUACUAAAGUGAAUUUUUUUGUUUGCUCCGUUCGUCUUUGGCUCUUUUUUUUUCCUUCCCAAUUUCGGAUUUAUUUCAAGGCGAAUCUGGCUUUGGGGGAAGAGGAAGAAAAGUCGGAUUACAAGAUCAACCACCACCAACAACAAUAAAAACCACCAGGAUAUUUUUUUGCAAAUUUCUGACGGCUUUAAAUUCAUGAAGCAAUUGUCCCUUUUUGCAAUCAGCAUUUGGAUCUCAGAAUGAGCAAGGAAAGACCGAAGAGGAAUAUCAUUCAGAAGAAAUACGAUGACAGUGAUGGGAUUCCAUGGUCAGAAGAAAGGGUGGUACGUAAAGUCCUUUAUUUGUCUCUGAAGGAGUUCAAGAAUGCCCAGAAGAGGCAGCAUGGGGAAGGCAUUCCUGGGAGCCUGAAAACAGUGAAUGGGCUCCUUGGUAAUGACCAGUCUAAGGGAUUAGGACCAGCAUCAGAACAGUCAGAGAAUGAGAAGGACGAUGCAUCCCAAGUGUCCUCAACUAGCAACGAUGUUAGCUCUUCAGAUUUUGAAGAAGGGCCAUCGAGGAAAAGGCCCAGGCUGCAAGCACAAAGGAAGUUUGCUCAAUCUCAGCCGAACAGUCCCAGCACAACUCCAGUGAAGAUUGUGGAGCCAUUGCUACCCCCUCCAGCUACUCAAAUCUCUGACCUCUCUAAAAGGAAGCCUAAGACAGAAGAUUUUCUCACCUUUCUCUGCCUUCGAGGUUCUCCUGCGCUGCCCAACAGCAUGGUUUAUUUCGGAAGCUCUCAGGACGAGGAGGACAUCGAGGAGGAAGAUGAUGAGACAGAAGACGUCAAAACGGCCACCAAUAAUGCUUCCUCUUCGUGCCAGUCAACCCCCAGGAAAGGAAAGGCCCAGAAGCACGUUCACAAUGGGCACGUUUUCAAUGGUUCCAGCAGGUCAGCACGGGAGAAAGAACCAGUUCAGAAACACAAAAGCAAAGAGGCCACUCCCGGGAAGGAGAAGCACAGCGAGCACCGGGCCGACGGCCGCAGGGAGCAGACGUCGGCGACCCCGCCCGCCGCAGCCCCCUCCUCGGGCCCCUCGGCCAAGGGGCUCGCCGCCAGCCACCACCCCCCUCCUCUGCACCGGUCUGCUCAGGACUUACGGAAACAGGUUUCUAAGGUAAACGGAGUCACUAGAAUGUCAUCUCUGGGUGCAGGUGCAACCAGUGCCAAAAAGAUGCGCGAAGUCAGACCUUCACCAUCCAAAACUGUGAAGUACACUGCCACGGUGACCAAGGGGACUGUUACAUACACCAAAGCCAAGAGAGAACUGGUCAAGGAAACCAAACCCAAUCACCACAAGCCCAGUUCCACCGUCAACCACACAAUCUCAGGGAAAACUGAAAGUAGCAAUGCAAAAACCCGCAAACAGGUGCUAUCCCUCGGGGGGGCGUCCAAGUCCACCGGGCCUGCCGUCAACGGCCUCAAGGUUAGCGGCAGGUUGAACCCAAAGUCGUGCACUAAGGAGGUGGGGGGGCGGCAGCUGAGGGAGGGACUGCGGAAUUCCAAGAGGAGACUGGAAGAGACACAGCAGGUGGAAAGGCCGCAGCAGUCACCCCCCAAGAAAAUGAAAGGAGCAGCCAGUCCUGCUGAAGCCCCUGCCAGAAAGGCGGCUGCAGUGGCGGCAGCUUCGGCAGAGAAACCUCUGCUGAAUGGACAUGUGAAGAAGGAAGUGUCGGAGCGCAGUGAGCGCAACGUGGAGAGGAGCCGGCCCAAGAGGGCCACAGCUGGGAAGAGCACGCCAGGCAGACAAGCACAUGGCAAGUCUGACAGCGCCCCCUGUGAAAAUCGUUCUACCUCGCAACCGGAGCCCUUGCACAAGCCGCCUGAGCCGCCGGGGAAGCCCGAGAAGGGUGGUGGCAAGGCCGGGUGGGCAGCAAUGGACGAGAUCCCUGUGCUCAGGCCCUCCGCCAAGGAGUUCCACGACCCACUCGUCUACAUUGAGUCAGUGCGUGCUCAGGUGGAGAAGUGCGGGAUGUGUCGGGUGAUCCCGCCUCCAGACUGGCGGCCUGAGUGCAAGCUAAACGACGAGAUGCGGUUUGUCACGCAGAUCCAGCACAUCCAUAAGCUUGGCCGGCGCUGGGGCCCCAACGUGCAGCGACUGGCCUGCAUCAAGAAGCACCUCAGGUCUCAGGGCAUUGCCAUGGACGAGCUGCCGCUCAUUGGAGGCUGCGAGCUUGACCUGGCCUGCUUUUUCCGGCUGAUCAAUGAGAUGGGUGGCAUGCAGCAAGUGACUGACCUCAAAAAGUGGAGUAAACUAGCGGACAUGCUGCGUAUCCCUAAAACUGCCCAGGACAGACUGGCCAAGCUGCAGGAGGCCUACUGCCAGUACCUGCUCUCCUACGACUCGCUGUCCCCCGAGGAGCACCGGCGGCUGGAGAAGGAGGUGCUGAUGGAGAAGGAGAUCCUGGAGAAGCGCAAGGGGCCGCUGGAGGGCCACACGGAGAACGAGCAGCACCAAUUCCAUCCCCUGCCCCGCUUUGAGCCCAAGAACGGGCUCAUCCACGGGGUGGCUUCCAGGAAUGGUUUCCGCAGCAAGCUCAAGGAGGUGGGCCAGGCCCAGCUCAAGACAGGCCGACGGCGACUCUUUGCUCAGGAAAAGGAAGUGGUCAAGGAGGAGGAGGAGGAGGAGGACAAAGGUGUCCUCAGUGACUUCCACAAGUGCAUCUAUAAGGGAAGGUCCGUUUCUCUAACAACGUUUUACCGGACAGCAAGAAAUAUCAUGAACAUGUGCUUCAGCAAGGAGCCUGCCCCGGCGGAGAUCGAGCAAGAGUACUGGAGGCUGGUAGAAGAGAAGGACUGCCACGUGGCCGUGCACUGUGGCAAGGUGGACACCAACACGCACGGCAGUGGGUUCCCGGUAGGGAAAUCCGAGCCGUUCUCAAGGCAUGGAUGGAACCUCACCGUCCUCCCCAAUAACACAGGCUCCAUCCUGCGUCACCUCGGUGCUGUGCCUGGAGUGACUAUUCCCUGGCUCAACAUUGGCAUGGUCUUCUCUACCUCAUGCUGGUCUCGAGACCAGAAUCACCUUCCGUACAUUGACUACUUACACACUGGUGCUGAUUGCAUUUGGUAUUGCAUUCCUGCUGAAGAGGAGAACAAGCUGGAGGGCGUGGUCCACACCCUGCUGCAAGCCAACGGCACCCCUGGGCUGCAGAUGCUGGAGAGCAACGUCAUGAUCUCGCCAGAGGUGCUGUGCAGAGAAGGCAUCAAGGUGCACAGGACGGUGCAGCAGAGUGGCCAGUUUGUCGUCUGCUUCCCAGGCUCCUUUGUGUCCAAAGUGUGCUGUGGCUACAGCGUGUCCGAAACGGUGCACUUUGCCACCACUCAGUGGACAAGUAUGGGCUUCGAGACUGCCAAGGAAAUGAAGCGUCGCCACAUAGCCAAGCCAUUCUCCAUGGAGAAGCUGCUCUACCAGAUCGCACAAGCAGAAGCCAAGAAGGAAAACGGCCCCACUCUGAGCACCAUCUCGGCCCUCCUGGACGAGCUCAGGGACACGGAGCUGCGGCAGCGCAGGCAGCUGUUUGAGGCGGGCCUCCACUCAUCCGCGCGCUACGGCAGCCAUGACGGCAACAGUGCCGUCCCAGAUGGCAAGAAAAAGCCUCGAAAAUGGUUGCAGCUGGAGACGUCGGAGCGGCGCUGCCAGAUCUGCCAGCACCUGUGCUACCUCUCCAUGGUGGUCCAGGAGAACGAGAACGUCGUCUUCUGCCUUGAAUGUGCCCUGCGCCACGUGGAGAAGCAGAAGUCGUGUCGGGGCCUGAAGCUCAUGUACCGCUACGACGAGGAGCAGAUCAUCAGCCUCGUCAACCAGAUCUGUGGCAAAGUGUCUGGGAAGCACGGCAGCGUGGAGAACUGUCUCGGCAAGCCCACACCAAAAAGAGGCCCCCGCAAGAGAGCGACCGUGGCCGUGCCGCCCUCCCGCCUGGCGGCCUGCAGCUCAUCCACAAGUGCUGCGGGGGCAUCAUGAGGAUGCCAACACCAUGCCCGAUUUCUACAGAUUUUUUGUAAUUAUUAUAUUCUAGUUUGGAGUACUUGCUGUAGGAUACAAGCUGUCUUUGCACUAGCUCUAAAGAAGAUUUUCUUCUGGUUUUAGAGAACUAAUUUUGUUUUAGCAUUAAACUGUUGAACCAUUGUUUUUGUACUUAGAAUACCUAGACACUGCAGUCCAGUUUGGAAGCUGCCGUAUACUCACUGUUUUAAACCCUUUGGGGCUGUAUUAAUUUGUAUCGCCCCUGUGGCUGGCAAAAGCCUUUUUUGUUUUGUUUUGUUUUUUGUUUUUGUUUUGUUUUGUUUUUUGUAACUGUUGGGGGGAAAAAAGGCUUUUUAACCCGUUUUUGAGAGGGUGAAGUUUGGAGAACAAAUUUUAAAACCAUCAGUCAUGUGAGCAGAUUUUUCUAGAUUGGAAAAGGGAUAGGACACACACACACACACACACACACAGAAAACUUGAAGAGGAACGGCUUUGCUUCGGCUGUCUGUCCUUCUGUCACGUGCGAGCUGAGUCUAUUCUGGAAGCCGGAGGAACCUGUCAGUGUGCUCUGGCAGGUGGCAGCUGGAGGCGGACUCUGUCCUGGCCACGCGCGCAGUGAGGAGACUGGCCUGACUCGGUUCUCUCACCAGCACAGCACUAUGCAUCUGUCUGAGGAAGGAGGGGCGUGAGGGAGACCUGUGCCUGAUUUCAUUAGGAAAUCCAUUCUGUUAUUUUUGGUGCUGUUGGCUCCUUUAUCAGAAACCCUUCAACAAUAGCAUCCCUACAGAGGGGAAAA